CAUUGCUCGACCUGGACCCUCCCAAUUGUGCGGUGUGGGUGUGGAGAAAUGAUGCAUUGAGAAAGAACUUGGAUCGUCGCAGAGCAGGUUUUCUAAGCAGUUGUAGGAGUGCCUCUGUCAGUCUCUGUAAACAUCAGCGACGUUGCUGUCCCGAUUUCCUAUUAGUUCACCUCUACAACAGCAAUAUGUUCCUGGCCAAGAGACUCAUUGGAGGCAUCCUGGAUGUUGUGAGCAAUAUUGAUCCAGGUCAAUUUGUGCCUUCAGACCCUCCUCCUCCACGCAGACCGCUGGCCUACGGAGAGCCGAAUGAGAGCGAAGAGGUGAAGAGGUUCAGGAAGGUGUUUCACCAACUCGCCGGUGAUGACAUGGAAGUGAGCCCCAAAGAACUAAUGGACAUUCUCAACAGGAUCCUCGGCAAGCAUGGCGAUAUUAAGACGGACGGAUUCUCCAUUGAGUCCUGCAGGAGUAUGGUAGCUGUUAUGGACUGUGACAGCACAGGUAAACUGGGCUUCCAUGAGUUCAAGUUUCUCUGGGACAACAUCAAGAGAUGGCAGGGCAUCUACAAGGCUCAUGAUGAAGACCGGUCAGGCGUCAUCAGUUCUACAGAGCUGCCCAGGGCCUUUGAGGCUGCAGGCUUCCCUCUGAACGACCAGCUGUUCCAGGUGAUCAUACGCAGGUACAGCGACGAGAACGGGAACAUGGACUUUGACAACUACAUCGGCUGCCUGGUCAGACUGGACGCCAUGUGCCGAGCCUUCAAGACGCUGGACAAGGAUAACAAUGGAACCAUUAAAGUCAACGUACAAGAGUGGCUCCAGCUGACCAUGUACUCAUGAACUUUCAGAGAACCAGCACAGUCAUCUUGUCUCUCUACCUCCCUCUCUCUCUUCCUCUCUCUCUCUUCCUCUCUCUCUCCCUCUGUCUGCUAUUUUAAUGUGUUUAAAGCAUCCUGUCACCACAUUAGUCAAAGCUAUGGUGCCAAUGUGUGCUAUUGCAUCCUUUAGUCACCAGAGGGCAGCACUGGCCAACUCCGUUCUGUCAUGUGCUCUUUCCAAUGAUGACAAUGUAACUUUCUUUAAGUUUCAAAGCAACAUGGUGUCUAUUCUUCCUGGACAUACUGUUCUGGACUACUUUGUAAUGUAGUGUAACAUACUCCAAUAACCUAAAUAAAAGUGCCAGUGUUGAUACAAAUCAA